CCCCCCCCCCCCCCUCCUCUCAUGCCCCUUCUCUGUGUGUCUCUUUUGCUCAUGGGAUGUCAAUACGCCUGAGCCAGCCCGUGUCUUUCUCCUUCAAACUAUUUCGGGCAUAAAUGAAGUCUUCUUUUACUCAUUCCGCUUACAUGCCUAGAUCAUGACAUCACAUGAUGCAGCAGCUUAGCAACAACCAUAAGGAGUUUAAGGUCUAUUGCUUUCUGCAUAUCAAUAUUACUGAGUGUGUUUGGAAUAUGUUUCUGCGUGAGGCAGUAGAGUGGAAGUGAAACAGUGCCUUACACUCGUUGGUUACGAAGUGGUUCUGACAGAAAUCUUCUCCUGAGUGCCAAUGAGACCUAUUUGCAAGUUGAGAUGCUGCUCUGGAAAGCGCAAAUGACCCACAAUCUUUGAAACCUUCAGUGGGACCAUGGGAUCAAUAAACAUUGGAAAGGCUGCGACGCUGAACGAACUGCUACAUGCCAGCAUUGAUACAAUUGAUAAUGAAGGGGUGUUUAGUAACAGCCAAGUGCCAAGGAUGGUUCUCCUCAUGCAUCGAUGGUACCUCCCAUCCACUGAAUUGGCAGGAAAGCUUCUACUGAUGUAUCGGGAAGCAUGCGGUGAGGAUUGCAAUGAUUUCCGACUCAAAAUCUGUCACUUAAUGAGGUACUGGAUCUCUGAGUUCCCUGCUGAGUUUAACUUGGACCUCGGUUUGGUUCAUCUGACUGAGCAAUUUCAGGAACUGGCUAGCCAGCUAGGGUAUGAAGAACACAGUAAACUCAUCGACAUCUCCAGCAUUCCGUCCUACGACUGGAUGAGACGCGUCACUCAGCGUAAGAAAGUCUCCCAGAAGAAGGGGAAAGCUUCUCUGUUGUUUGAUCAUUUGGAGCCGCUGGAAUUGGCGGAGCACCUCACCUUCCUGGAAUACAAGUCCUUCCGCCGGAUAUCGUUUACAGACUAUCAGAGUUAUGUCACGCAUCGCAGCCUAAUGGAUAACCCAACCCUUGAGAGAUCCAUCGCUCUCUUCAAUGGCAUUUCCCAGUGGCUCCAGCUGAUGGUUCUUAGCAAGCAGACACCUGUGCAAAGGGCAGAGGUUAUCACCAAGUUCAUUAAUGUGGCUCAGAAGUUGCUCCAGCUCCAGAACUUCAACACAUUGAUGGCCGUGGUAGGAGGCUUAAGCCAUAGCGCAAUAUCGCGCUUGAAGGAAACCUUCUCUCAUCUUGCUCCGGAAGUUACAAAGGUUUGGAAUGAAAUGACCGAGCUGGUCUCUUCCAAUGGAAACUACUGCAGCUAUCGAAAAGCUUUUGCCGACUGCGAGGGAUUUAAGAUUCCAAUUCUGGGAGUUCACCUGAAGGACCUGAUCGCGGUUCAUGUAGCCUUCCCAGACUAUGCAGACGAUAAUAAAGUGAACAUUGUCAAAAUGCAGCAACUGUACGUUACCUUUAAUGAACUGGUUUCACUUCAGGAUGCAAAUCCUCACUUAGAACCAAAUAUGGAUUUAAUACACCUUUUAACACUGUCCCUGGAUUUAUAUUACACAGAGGAUGAAAUCUAUGAACUGUCAUUACUCCGUGAACCAAGAAAUCCAAAAUCAAUGCCCAGCACCCCGACCACUCCAAACAAAACAGUAGCGCUUGUGGAUUGGGAACCUGGACUGACACCAAAGCCAGAUCCCACCAUCAUUAACAAACAUAUCCGGAAGACUGUUGACUCUGUAUUUAGGAACUAUGAUCAUGAUCACGAUGGUUACAUCUCCCAAGAAGACUUUGAAAGCAUAACUGCCAACUUCCCAUUCUUGGACUCCUUCUGCGUUUUGGACAAAGACCAGGACGGGCGAAUCAGUAAAGAUGAAAUGAUGGCCUAUUUCCUGAGGGCUAAAUCGCAGCUCCAGUGCAAAAUGGGACCGGGCUUUAUUCACAAUUUUCAAGAGAUGACGUACCUCAAGCCCACUUUCUGUGAGCACUGUGCAGGAUUUCUCUGGGGUAUAAUCAAACAGGGACACAAGUGUAAAGACUGCGGUGUCAACUGCCAUAAGCAAUGCAAAGACCUGCUGGUGUUGGCGUGUCGGAAACUGCGAAAGAGCACCUCUCUAGAGAGUCCUUCUCCACCUUCGCACAGCCAUGGCUCCCUGCCCAGCAGCCCAGCAAUCCUCUCCUGUGGAAACGUUCAAGAUGGAGCUAUGUUCAACUUCCCCCAGAGCACCAGUAACCAGGCCAUUGAUGGCCGCUCGAUUACCCUAAUGACAGGCUCAGCUCAGAAGAUCUCGGUGCGCUUACAGAGGGCCACCGCCAGCCAGGCCACACAGACGGAGCCACUGUGGCAGGAAAGUGGGUGGGCCGGCGCCGACUCAGGGUCACACACCUUCCCAAAAAUGAAGUCGAAAGGCGGGAAGAGCAGGGGCUUUGCAAAGUGGGAAAAUGAGAAGCCCAGCAGAUGUGCUAAGACAGAAGAGGAGCGUGAACCACUGCAGAAUGGGACCGAGGUGAAUGAGGAAGAUGAGUGAGGGUGCGUCCCUCAAGGCAAACUCCAAGAGUGCACAAUGCAUCAUCAAAUUUUAUGGGAAUUACAAGAAAUUGGAUAUGUGCUCAGGGUUAAUAUUAACAGGAUAUUUAUUCAUUGACUGCCUUGUGUGUUUGACUAUUUGUCAUUUUUCAUCUUGUACAAAUUGUUCAAACCAGCUUCUGCCAAGUGUCAAAGUGACAAAGAUCUUGUAUAAAUCUGUGGCUCCUUCAUGGCUUCUCUUAUCAAUCAAAAUCUUCCAGGCCUCGAACACCCACACCCAUCAUGUCCCAGCCAUCACCCUUCACAAGCAAAUCGCAUAUCGAGCUCACUAGUUGGAAGAUGAAAAAUCGGCCAUGGGAGAUCAAACCUCAGGACUGAAAAAGCACCAAAUACACGAAGUGAGUGUGCAGAUGGAACGCUUUUGACAGGAAGCCACAAGCAAGCUGUUGCGUACUAUAAACGCUCAUCGUCAAUGCACACAUGGCCAGUAGUAACAAGGUCAGACAGGGAAAUGCCUCCAGUUUGCUGGAAAGUCAAGUCUGGAGGUUGCCUGGAAUGGAAUUUCCAUUUCUAAGGCUUUGAUACUGACAAAAUUCUUUAUAAAACUCAAAAUCCAUGCCACAGACUUCUGAGAUUAUUCAGCUGGGACAAACAAUAGAGACUACUUUUUAUUCAAGUGAAUGAAACUCUUCACUUUCCACACACAAGGUCAGGUAAAGGUGAGAAUGAAAAGGAACAAUAAAGCUGGAUGCCACCGUCAUAGUUGGAGCCUAAAGGUUAUCUCCCGCCAUCUAGGAUACUAAACCUUUCAAAUCAAUAGUUGAGAUUCAGCAGAUGCUGGAAAUACAAUGUAACAUACAGAAAAUGCUGGAGGAACUCAGAAGGUCAGUCAGCAUCAAUGGAGAAAGGAGUAAACAGUCGAUGUUCCAGCCCAUCAGGACACCAUUGGGAUUGUGUGUGUGUGUGUUAAUCCUUUUACAUGUAUUUUGUCCAAAACUAAUUGAGUUUCUUUGAAGAUGUGGGAGCAGAGAUACCCCUUCGCUAUGGAAACAUGAAGUCAUGUGAGAAGCUGAUCUUUGUUUCCGCUGUAAUGAAAUGUGGUAUCAUUGAGAUGUUGUCCCUGGUGGGGAGGAGGAAAGAUUGCUCUGUAAUUGGAUAAAAAGAAUGUUAUGUGGGGAUUUCUUGCUUUACCUAGUGCUUGUCCUUAGUGCCUGAAUGUCCUUUGACCAAAGACAUAGGGUAAGCAUCCCUAUCGCUAAGACAGCCUUAUAAGAUGGGAUGGUUGCUCCCACGUUUCCAAGGUACAAAACUUGGAAAAUACAAGGUGUGUGACACACACAUAUACGGCACACUCCCCUGAGCAUAUCGGGUGAUUGUGAAUUGUCAGAUCCUUUCAUGCAGUGUGCGAUUCUUUUCCAUUGCUUCCAUUGGUAUCGGUUCCAGGGAGAAUUCCAGCAAUGCAGACCUGGAGGGAAAAUCCUCGACAUGACCCUCCUUUGCUGUCCCACCCAGCUUUCAGAGGCUCACUGGUGUAAUUGAAAAGCGGGGUUCUGCCCUCAAACUGGGUCCUCACUGAGCCAGGUUGUGGCAUCGCGGAAAGGGGCUGCAUUAUUGAUUGCACUCAGACAGACUGUCUGAGGGAAAAUGACGGGCCAAGUGCUUUAAACAAGAAACACGUCAUGGAGAAAUUAAUCAAUGUCACUUUCUGCUCAGCACAAUUCCCCGGUGUGGACAGCGCCUGUCACCACCCCAAAUCAAGAGGCUUCCACAUGCCUUUGUGUUAGAGAGCUAAUCCUCCUGGCUGGCUGGUUCUCCCUUUCUGUCUCAAAUCUCAAGCGUUGUAAAUCAGGCAGGAGAUAACCUGACACAGAAUAAGGCCUUAUUCCAUGUUGCGCUGUAGCCCUACUGGACUAGAGCGUCACCUGCUGCACCAUUGUGGUAUUGUUUCUAAUAACCUCAACUGCCAUUUUGUGUCCCCUCAAAUAUUACACAUUGUGAUAUUUAGAUUUUGCUUUACGUUUAAAGGCAAAUAACUGAAUUUAAACAAUUUUAAGACUUAAAAACAGCAGAGAUGUGUAUUAGAGCAAUCUCGCCAAGUCAGAUCUUCAAAUGAAAGAUGCAGAAAAUCAGAUUUCCUCUAAACUGGAUCCAUUUGAUAUACAUUUCUGUUUGGUGUUACCUUUUGAUGAAGUUGCUGCAGACUCUCAGGCAAAACUCUUUCCAAGAAAGUUCAUAUGGGACAAAUCAAUAGAUACCAACACGAUGAAUCAUGCUCUCACUGAACUGAGAUGUCCAUUCAAACCUUUUGUUAAAUGGCUCAUGAUUACUUUAUAUUAAUAACCAACAGCUUCAGUGUCUGGCAAGGCACAAGUCUCACGUUAAAGCCAAUUUGCCCUGAAAGGGGAACCUGGAAUUAAUGAACGAGUGGAAGAAGGUUUAGGGGAGAUGUUUUUGUUUUACACAGAGUGGUAAGUGCAUGGGAUGAACUGCCAAGUUGAUGCUCGGGGCAGAUACAUUAGGAAUAUUUAAAGGACACGUGGAUGAAAGUAAGAUGGGGGAUUACGAGCUAUGUAAGAGAGAAGGGUUAGGUAGAUCGUGGAGGUGGUUGAAAAGCUGGUACAAUGUGGACCAAAGGGGAGUGUACUGUGACUUACUGUUCUAUAUUCUCUGCGAUGGGUAGAGGUUCGGGAGAAGAAAUCACCGACUGAAGGUAGCUCCCUGAGACCAUGAAUCUCUGUGCUUCUCUGCACCACACAACAGUGGAAGCUGAGCAUCCCUCAGACUGGAUUAGAAAUCAUUUUGUAUUUGUUUGGUGGAUCAAAGCAUCUCGUAAUUGCCAAACAACACAAACUGAAACUUUAGAAGCUGGUAAGUACAUGGCAUAAUUAGAGCCAGACUUCCAUUUUCAAUGCCUGGUGCACAAUGUGUAGUAACAACUGAACAGUAUACAGUGCUGUGCCAAAGUCUUAGGCACAUACACAUACAUAGGUUGCCUAAGACCUUUACACAGUACUAUAGUAAUUUUAUGUAUUGCACUGUAUGGCUGCCGCUAAAAAUAAAACAAAUUUCAUGACAUAUGAGAGCGAUGAUAACCUGAUUCUUAUAUGGGCCUCUAUUGUGGACUGAGAGCAGGAAGGGGGCAGGGAGAGGAGAAUCAUGGUUGGGAGAGGGGAGGGAGUGAAAAGAACCAGAGAGACAUUCUGUAAUGUUCAAUAAAUAAGUUGUUUGGAAUCAAAAUACCUUGCCUGAUGUCUCAGUUCUGGGUGUGUCUGCAGCCACACCAGCCGCACUCCUGGCACUCAUUCUCUGCCACCUGUCCCACGUCCUCCUGCGGCGCUCCACCCUCGCCAUUCCCAACGUCCUUUGCUGCCGCCAGACUUACAAACUCGCUAUCUGCUCCAUGUUGACAGAAACACUACUGUGCAAAAGUCUUGGCACCCUUGCUAAGGUAAUGUGCCCAAGGCUUUUGCACAGUCCCAUACCUCAGACCUACGUACUGUUUCUGAGGACGUAAGAGCACAGUUAAUUGAGGGGGGGAGCCAGUCGAUGUAGUGCAUUUGGAUUUUCAGAAGACUUUCAAUAAGGUCCCAAACAAGGUACCAGGUUUUACAGAGAAAGGUUGAACAAAUUAGGUCUUUAUUCUUUGGAGCAUAGAAGGUUGAGGGGGGACUUGAUAGAGGUAUUUAAAAUUAUGAGGGGGAUAGAUAGAGUUGACGUGGAUAGGUUUUUUCCAUUGAGAGUAGGGGAGGUUCAAACAAGAGGACAUGAGUUGAGAGUUAAGGGGCAAAAGUUUCGGGGUAACACGAGGGGGAACUUCUUUACUCAGAGAGUGGUAGCUGUGUGGAACAAGCUUCCGGUAGAAGUGGUAGAGGCAGUUUGGAUAUUGUCAUUUAAAAAAAAAUUGGAUAGGUAUAUGGACAGGAAAGGAAUGGAGGGUUAUGGGCUGAGUGCAGGUAGCUGGGACUAGGUGAGAGUAAGCGUUCAGCACGGACUAGAAAGGCCGAGACAGCCUGUUUCUGUGCUGUAAUUGUUACAUGGUUAUAUGGUAACUGAUCCAGAAGGUUCCAGCUUAUGGAUUUGGUUAACAGAGAGAAAAUAUAAACUAGAAUAAAAUGGUUGCCAGGUUCUGAUGAAUGGGGAAAUGCAGGAAUGGAUGAUUGCCCCAACCACCAACCACAAUCCACACAAAAUAUGGCUGAGGAACUAAAUACUUCUCGAGUUUGCUGAUGAUAUAAAACCUGGUGUGAUUAUGAGCAUGGUGGAGGAGGUAGGGAGUAUCCAGGGGACAUGGACAAGUGUGGUGCACAAAAUAGGAAGGCGGAGUCACCUCUUGGUGAGAGAUUUGCUGGUUUUCAUGUUCCAUGAGACCAAUGUGUCCAGGCGUGCUUGCACAGAAGUAAUUGAAAGCCAACAUGCAGGUGUAAGAAAAGAUUUGACUGGAGGAGUAAAGAAGCCUAACUGCAGUCACAAUGGGUGGCUCCAAGUAUUGUGCACAGUUUUGUUCUCCCCAGCUAAGAGCGAAGCAAUUUGCUAUUGAGAGAGCCCAAUGCAUUCUGAAAACUGAUUUCAGGCAGGGCAGAUUUGUCAAAUGAAGAAAUGCCCAUUAGAUGAGAUGUGUAAUCCCUAAAGCUGAGAAACAUGAGAUCUCAGUGAAGCUUGGGAGGCUUCAUGGUGGAUCAGGGAGGUUGCUUCUCUGAUUAUGGAGUCUAGAACUAGGGACCAUGUUCUCAGAAUAAGGGGUAAAAUGUUUCAAAGGUACAUUUAGUGUCAGAGAAUUUAGUGUGCAUUUAGUGUAUACGAUAUACGUUCUGAAAUUCAUUUUCCUUGCAAACAUGGACGAAAACAGAGUCCCCCAAUGAAUGAAUGAGAGUUAAAUGUAAGAACCCCAAAGUCACCCCCAGAGCUCCCCCACAAGCGUAAGCAGCAGCAAAGCAAUGAUCCCACCUUCCCCACCAGCAAAAAAAAAGCAUCAGCACCCACCACUGAGCACUCAGGUGUGCAGCAAAGCAUCAGUAAAGACAGAAACUUGCAGUACCCCAAAGACGGUAAUUCGAUAUACCGCAGGCUCCCUCUCUCUCUCUCUCUAAUAGAGGAAAAAGUGGUGACCCUGUUUCGGGAACAUAACAAAGCAGCUUGCUGGUUUAUGAUGUUAGAAGUCUGUUGCGCCACUUCUUCUGAGCUCUGGGUGGCUGGGCACACAGCCAGCAGGCAGCUCGCUGCUGUCAAUCUUCAGUCUCCCACGACGCACCACGAUGGCACCGACCUCGAGACUGCCCGCCUCUCAAGCCGUGAAAUCCCAGAACCCUGAAGGUGCGCUAGUCUUCUAGGCCGCAUCCUUGGCAUAGGGUUUAGAUGAAGAGAGGUUUUGAAGGAAUCUCAGACACUGAGUUCAUUCAUAAGGGACUAAUAGAUGUCUGGAUAUUAUGGAUAGGCCAGCCACGAUCUUAAAGAAUGACUGAAAGAUCAAACUCUUAUUAUUUUGGGGGAUGGGGUGGGGGGUGUUGCUUGAUGACUACAUACUGCAAUUAUGUUGCCCCAUGUGAAGACACCUUGGUCUUUCAUUGGUACUGCUGUAAAAUAAAAUUAUUGGGUUGUCGGAAGACGCUUGAGUUUUCUUUUGAACUCUUCAACACCUGCAGUAUUUUGCUUUCUCAGAUGUUUAUUCUCCAAGAGGAACCCACCUCAAUGGGUAUGCUCGAGCCUGCUCGAAGGGUCACAUGGCUUACUGCAGUUGUAUGUGGUGUACAGUUGUUGAAAUGCUACACACACACGACCUUAUACUAAUGUGUUCGAUAUUUCAUAUCGUCCGGUGUUUUGUAAAUAUAUAUUGAUUUUUUUUUUGUAGAAUGUAGUUGGCAACUGAGCCAUUUCUUGUGAGCUGACAAUAAACAAAACCCCUUCUUUGCA